ACUCCCCCCACCCCUUUGCAUCUGGCAGUGUCAUCCGUGUCCUUCCGUGGGCGAAGCCUCAAGGGGAUCCGGACCGCCGUUCCCGAGGGCUACGUGGGGCUGGUACUGGAAGAGGGCCAGCCCCCCUUGAUGCCAUCAGCGGAAAGGCAGCUGCAGGUGAAAUCCACCUUUGAGUCGCUGAUGGUGUGGAACCUGGAACGGGCGCCCAACGCCACGGACGAGAUCCUCAUGGCUCUCCGCUGGCCGAAGAUCGCCGAGGGGAUCCAUGCCUCCGUGGCGGACGAGUGAGGGGUGGCGUAACCACCACCGCAACACACCUCGGCGCAUGCAACUUCAGAAAAGACGCGGCCCUUGGAUGCAGAUUUUGGAUUUCGGGAGACAGAAGAACGCAAACCAUCAUCCCUCUAGCCCCGUCUUGCAGGCUGGUUGCGCCCACCACCCUUGCUCUUCCAGGUGCCCGUUUCUCCUGCCCAGUUUGGGGUUUUUUUACUUGGGCAGAAUGUGGUUUUUCCUGGGCUUCGGAUCCCCAAGAGAUGUUGAUUUAAGAAUCUGGCAUUGUUGCCGGUGCCUGUAAUUUUUAUGAUACGCGUCCAAAGGUAGUUUAAUUUUCGUGUUUUCUGCCCGCCAAGAAAGCUGCGCAAGGCGGAGUACUCUUUUAAGUACUCCCUCCCCUCUCCCCACGUUAAAUAAAAUUAUAUUCUAAAUGGCUUCCAAUUUGUCGUAUCAUCCCUCCGUCUUAAAAGUCACUAGGAGACUUUAUUAUAAUUAUAAUUAAAACUGCUAUGUUCAACAA